CCAGGCAAGCUUGAGCAAACACCAAGGAGUGGGGAGAUCGCUAGCGUAGACAGCUGGACAUGGAUCGUGGGCAUGAACAGCUCACACCAACCUUAGUCAACGAUCGGGGAUCGAAGUGAACGGACGCAUCCAAUUCGCCAUCCGCCGAGUGCCCACCGCGCGGUUCGGUGUCGUGAAAGUUCGGUGUUUGGUCUGUUGGUUGCACGUUGCUGGUGUCGUUUAGUGGUGGCCAAUAAAUCGAGCCCACAGUCGAGACCCGAGAUAAAAGCCUCUCCGCAUUGCGGUGUACGUGAAAGUUGUGACCAAAAACAGUGGCCGGUGGGUAUUGUGCGUGGUUGAAAGAAAGAAACACUUUUUCCGAAGGAAAAGCUCCGAUCUAGCGUGAUGGAAAACCAAAGCUACGUUGCGGAUGAGGCCGGCCACGGUACAGUGCUGCAAACUAUUCGGCCGCAGGAUCCGGUAAAGUUGGAACAGAACGGAACACCGACGCAAGCAAAACCACUGCGCGAAAAAUGGGGCCGCAACCUCGAGUUCCUGAUGUCCUGCGUGGCGCUCUCGGUUGGAUUCGGUAACGUUUGGCGUUUCCCGCAUACGGCCUACGUAAAUGGCGGUGGUGCAUUCGUCAUCCCCUACCUGAUCGUACUGUUCGUGAUCGGACGACCGAUCUACUAUCUCGAGAUGGUCCUGGGACAAUUCUCAAACCGUGGCUGCGUGAAGGUGUACGACCUAGCGCCGGCCAUGCGUGGUAUCGGCGUUGGUCAAACGAUUGCCAUCUUCACCGUAAUCACGUACUACACGGCGGUGUUGGCCAUUACACUGCGGUAUCUGAUCGUUUCGUUCAGUGCCGAGCUACCGUGGGCCCGGUGUGAUCCCAGCUGGACCGACUGCAUCGAUUCGUGGCGCACCGGCAACCUCACGAGCGCGGGAGACAACGGCACGCUACGGAAAGCGUCCGCGGAGCUGUACUUUGACAAAACGGUGAUGCACUCCUACGACUCAUUGGAUGGUGGGUUAGGUUAUCCCGACUGGAAGCUGGUGCUGUGUCUGAUCGUUUCUUGGCUGUGUAUUGUGGGCGUUCUCAUUAAAGGAAUCAAAAGCUCUGGCAAAGUGUCCUAUUUCCUGGCCAUCUUCCCGUACAUUAUCAUAGCGAUACUGCUGGUUCGAUCGGUCACCUUGGAAGGGGCCUGGAAUGGUAUCAGCUUCUUCUUCAUGCCGCAGUGGGACAAGCUGCUGGACAUUAAGGUCUGGUACGCGGCCGUUACCCAGUGCUUCUUCUCGCUCACCAUCUGCUUCGGUGGGCUGAUCGCGUACUCCUCGUUCAACAAUUUCUCCAACAACAUUUACCAGCACGCCGUUAUUAUCACCUCGUUGGAUACAGCUACCUCACUGGUGGCGGGGUGCGUCGUGUUCGGUGUGAUCGGACACUUGGCCCACGUGACCGGCCAGUCCGACAUCUCGAAGGUGGUCAAGGGAGGUUUCGCGCUUACCUUCAAGACCUACCCGGACGUGCUGGCCAAAUUCACGCACAUGCCGCAGUUCUUCUCGGUGCUCUUCUUCUUUAUGCUGUUCCUGCUCGGCAUCGGCACACUGAUCGGUAUCGUCACCUCCGUCAUUACGGCGAUCCACGACCAGCAGCCAAGGAUUGUGCGCUGGAAGAUAGUGAUCGGUGUGGCCGUGGUCGGUUUCUGCGUUGGUCUCGUCUAUCUGACACCGGGCGGAUUGAUUGUGCUGGACUUGUUCGAUUAUUUUGGAGCGACUCUUGCCACACUCACGUUGGCCGGAUUCGAGCUGGCUACGUUCGCCUGGAUCUACGGUGUCAAUCGGGUGUGCAAGGACAUCGAGUUCAUGCUCGGCAUCAAGACGGGACUGUUUUGGCGCAUUUGUUGGGGCAUCGUAACGCCCGUGCUGAUAAUCAUCAUCCUAAUCAUCAGCUUCAUCGACUUCGAAGUCAAAAAAGUGCCAACUGGAUACAAUGCCCUAGGAUGGUGUCUGUUUGCAUUCUCGGCACUGCAGCUCCCCGGUUGGGCCAUCUACGCCAUCCUCAAGCGCAAAGGACCGACGUGGCGCGAAAGUGUACGUGCGGCCUUCCGUCCGAUGGCCGACUGGGGCCCGGAGGAUGACCAGAAGCGAGCGAACUACAGCGAAUGGAUCGAACAGUACCGCCAACGGUUAGCUGGCUCCAGUGACAAUACGUUACUGCACAAAAUGCGCCAAAAGUUAUUCAGCUAGAUCCCGGCAGAAUGGGAAAUGCAAAGCAAAUAUUUACUUUCAAUAAAAGCUGCAGCCCGGUCCAGCCAGCGAAGGUGGGACGUUAUGCUUCGGUUUGCAUGCUAGCCCUAAUGCAAAUAUAUGCGGAACCGCAGUUUGAUCCAAAAUAGAUAGUUCAUUCCGGAAAUGACGCCACCGUUGCUUGACGCACGCCGUGAUGCACGCGCGUGACGCACACCGAGUUACGAUCGUACAGUAUGCAAAAGAAGUUUAUCCACACCAACCACCGUUUUGUGCCAUUUUGACUGUAUAUGUAUAAGGUCAUUAAAAUUGCUUUUUCGAAUAAAAAUCAUUCUCGUCUCUUACUAUAGUUCUGGUUGCUAUCAAAUUGGGGCUACCUAAAAUUGACUGGCACAUUUCUGCAAGAGCUUUCGUAUGUCAUCGUACAAUCAACAAAGUGUAAAAAAAUUUGUCAUUCGAAAACGGUAAUAAUUUUCAGGUUUAUAUAUGCAUCCAAGGAUGGAGAAAACUGUGAUUGGUUCUGGUUUAUAUUCGGUUCAGAAAGUCCAAUUUUGUCGACAGAAUUUAAUUUUAAAAUCGUGAUCGUUAAUUUAAGAAUUACAAAAGGGCAGAAAAAGUGGUAAGCGAUACGAAACAAAGCGCAAACAUAAAACACGCAAAAAGUUUGAAGGACAAUGAUGUGCGAAUUAAAAUUAUACACCGC